UCUUUCACAGAUACAAAGUAAGAUUGUCUCUGCACCUGGCAUGAGCUUAAGAGCAUAUUUCUCUACGGAAUUGUCAUGUGGGGAUGUUUUCGAUAGGGAAGAAAGUGAAGUUCCAGUAAUAGAUGAGAGCAGGGAGCCCAGACACAAGGGUGGUAUGGACUUACACCAUCAUGCAAUCGAGUUCGACAUCGAGUUCUGGCCUGUUGAACAUCCUAUGGAGCCGCAGGAUGAAGAUCGGCCUGUAAAAUGCCCAAUGCCAGCUUCUUCCUGCAUCAAUGAUGGAAUAGGCAAUGAAGAAAGGCUUGCAGCAGAGAGCUCGCGGAAGAGAUCAGAAGUAACAGUAACGGCGAAGAAAGGAAUUCCGGUGGCUACAGAGCCAGCAGUAAGAGCUGUGCGUAAAAGGCAUCACACUCUCACCCGCGACGACCACGUCAUAAAGCCGCUUGUCAGAAUGCCGCCUCUUCCUCCACUCCCAACCCAGAAUCUUACCAUUUUCCAAAUGCUUCAGGAAUUCGACAAGUUUAACUCUUGAAAAGGGUUUAACGCAAACAAAUGAUAACACAAAUUUUCCCAUCCUUUUCAAACUCUGCAAUGUUUAGUUCAAUGCAUUUGGAGAGAUCCAGGAGAAAGAAAAUCCUAGAGCGCCCAGGCCAUAACUACAUAGACUAGCCUUCUGAGAUACAUGUUCUGUAUAUUAUUCACUAUAUCCAAAUGGUUUUAUGAGAAGCAACUGUGACUUGUUGGUGGACCAAAUUCUAAUCAUAAGCAGAUGCUUCCAUCUUCACUUCCCUCAUUCUUACUCAGACAUUUCAAUUUCCAGAAAUUCAGAUUUUCUAGAUUUCUGCUUCAAAACCCCAAUAUUUAAAUGCCAAAGCAAUAUCAAGGUCGAAGCCAGCCAUACUCAAUUCUGCAGAGAGAUGGACAAGUGAAUCAUUCUUUGCAAACAAGAGGUUUUCAUUCUUUAAAAAGAAUUGUAGAGCAAGCAACCCAAUUAGCCAAUAGAUGGCUCAGCAAAGGCCAAAAAACAAACAAAAUCCUGUCCAAUAAACAACCAAACAAGCAGAUAGAAAUCAAAGAAAGGUUCCUCGUUCUCAACACAGCAUUAGGUCGUCGGGGGGGACCAGCAUUGUUAUAAAAUCAUCCCCCUGAGUCUGACCAGGUUCAUCUGUUGAAAGCAUGCUCUAAC